UCCGAAAUUAUGAUUUUCCGAAUCAUCGAAUUUCCCAUUUUUUUUCCCACAGGCGGGGACGGCAAGGCCCUGCCGUGCUGUCCCGACAUUUUGGGCGACGAUCCCUCGCUAAUGCACCCGGAAUGCGCACCUAUCGCCAUCCCCGCGAACGACCCCUUCUACGCCUCCUUCAACCAGACCUGCAUGGAAUUCGCGCGCUCCGUGGCCGACUCGCGGUGUGAGCUGGGACCUCGGAUGCAGAUCAAUGAAAAAACCUCUUAUCUGGACGGCUCUGUUAUCUACGGGACCGACAAAGCACAGAGCGAUUCUUUGAGGAUGUUCGAAGGAGGGAUGUUAAACUACCAGAUAAGCGAGAGCGAGGAACUGCUCCCGGCCAACCCCAGCAUGGCGGAGGAGUGCAACAAGGAGGGCAUGGCGAGCGAGGGCCGCUUCUGUUUCAAGUCGGGAGACAUGCGCGUGAACGUCCAGCCUCUCCUGACGGCGCUGCACAUACUCUGGUCCCGCCGCCACAACCACAUCGCCAAGGACCUCGCCGACCUCAACCCCAGCUGGGAAGACGAAAGGAUUUUUCAGGAGGCGAGGAGGAUCGUGGCCGCCGAACUCCAGCAUGUCAUCUACGCCGAGUAUGUCUCCAGCGUCCUCGGCCCCAUCUUCACGAAGCAGUUCAACCUCCGUCCACUCAAGGGAGAGAAACGGACGAGUCUUUACAACGAGGGAAUCAACGCAGCCAUCAGCGCCCCUUUCUCCGGGGCCGCCUUUCGAUUCGGACACAGCCAGAUUCCUGGCAGUAUUCAAGAGAUGGACGCCAACGGAGACGCUUCAUCCCAGUCCAUGUCAUCGGCUUUCAUGAACCCCUUUGCGCUCUACUCCAAGGGGACGCUCGCGAACCUUUUGCGAGGGGAGCUGGCCCAGAGUGCGACGCGGGUGGACAGUUUCUUCUCGCCACAGGUUGCAGGUCGCCUCUUCCGCGGAGGAAUGCCCUUUGGUCUAGACCUGGUGGCCCUAAACGUGCAAAGAGGACGUGACCACGGCCUGCCCCCCUACACGGCCAUGAGAGCGGUCUGCAACCUCCCCCUCGUGACAAGUUUCGCCGAACUGCUCCCUGACAUAGAGGGUCGAGUAGCGGAGCAACUUGAGAGACUGUACAGCCACGUAGACGACGUCGACCUGUUCAUCGGCGGGCUGGCGGAGAAGCCUGUGCCCGGAGGCCUCGUCGGGCCCACCUUCGCCUGCAUCCUCGCCGACCAGUUCCUCAGGCUCAAGGUCGGCGACAGGUACUGGUACGAGACGAGUGACCCCGAGACGCGGUUCGAGACGGCCCAGCUGAUGGAGAUCCGAAACUCCUCCUUGGGCAGGAUCUUAUGCGACGUCAUUCCUGAGCUGAAGGAGGUGCAGAUGAACCCUCUCAGGAAGAUGUCCGAGAUGAACCCGCUGAUGCCUUGCUCUUCCUUCAAGAGAGUCAGCUUCCAUCCUUGGAAGGAGGUGUAGGGAGUGCCCACA